GUGACCACGCUCCGUCCCGCAGCCGCCCUGCCUCCUCCCGCCGCCCUCCUCAGGCCCCAGGGCUCCGGUUGCGGCUUCUUUCUCGAAGCUUCUCCCCCUCAGGGCCAACGGUUUUAACGGGCGGCGGGUGCGAGGCCUCCCCUGGCAACGGCGAGAUGGCGGCGUGCGAGCGGGGGGGCCGCGACUACCUGGAGCGCCACGGGAUCCCCGAGCUGCUCCGCCGCCUCAGCGCCCUGCUGCUCUACCACCAGCCCGAAAGACCUCGCCAGUUCCUCAUCCAGGUGCUGGAAAGAGUGAAGGCCGGCAGGCAAGGCGAGGGAGGGUACCCGUGCCUGAUGGACGAGUCCAACCUGGUUGCCAUGUUCCAGAUGCUGGAUGUUGCAGACCUGGGCUACAUCACGCCUGUGCAGUACCGAGAAGCUCUUAAAACUUUGGGACUGAGCACAGACAACCUGCACAUUGGUGAUGAUGUGAACAUCACACUGGACACAUUCAAGGAAGAAGUGAAGAAAAGGUUGCUGGAGAUCUGGGCUGCGUAUUAGAUGGAACAGUGGUAUGCUUAAUAUAUUAAAAAUAGGCAUUUUGCUCUAUUCUUUUGCUGCUGUGUCAGCUGUGAAAAACUGAUUUUAAACAGUGCUCUCUUCUCUUUUUUUUUUCCCUCUCUUCCCUGUAGUAGCAAUCAGCUGAAAAGGACAAAUGACAAAAAUUUGUUUACAUUUACCAGGGACUAGAAGGGUAUCUUUUGAGAACUGCCUUAUUAAAAAUAAGUAGAAACCUCUU